UUUGGCCGAAUCCCCACUUUUGAUUCAUCGCGGGAAAUCUUUGCCCCUUUUCUAUAAGGCGCUUCUCUUGGCUUUUUUUGAGCCCCGCCCGCGCAGCUUAGCAAAAGAUACCAUUGUCCCGCUAAAAUGUCCCUCAAUGACCACGUUGUCCCGCUAAACAAUCAGGCCAUUAUCCUUAACUUUAGGCGCAUGUUAGUUUUAUUUGGGUCCUUAUAGCCAUUAAUGGCAAUUCCAAUUGUCCAGUAGAGAGAGAGAGAGAGAGAGAGAGAGACCCAGUAAAGAGGGUGGUUUUGGAUUCAAUGGUGUACCAAGCUAGAACAAGGAAAAGGGUCUUUGGUAUCCAAAUACAUCGUGGUCCCGAUGGCAGUGCUUUUCAAAAAUGUGAAACAUGUGGCAUCUCAGUGGCUAUUGCUUUGGCUGAUAUGCAUGAAUGUGAACCCAGAAAGGAUGUAAAGAGAUUGAAAUGCCAACCCAGGAGCAUAAGCAUUGUUAAGGAGCAGAGGCUCAUUCAUCAACCCAGAUCGGCUUUUCGAAUUUUCAUGGAGGAUUUUGUGAAGAAAAAUAUCGAUGGAAAUGAGUUUGAAGUAGAUAACAAAGGUUUCGAAACGUGGAAAAACAUGACACUUGAGGAGAGGUUCUUGUACUCUAUGAAAGCUGAAACAAUUAAUCUUGCACACUUGAAACUGUUGCGCAGAGAGGAGAAUGAUAUGCCAUGGAGGGUGGAUGACGAGGCAGAUUCAGCUGAUGUUGGCAAGUGCGACGAGAAUUAUGAAGACUAUGAUUAUUAUGAUUCUGAAUCUUCUGGGGAUUUGAUUGAUUUUGGCCUGAGGUAGACAAGAGCUUUGACACCAGUUAGAGGGAGGGUUUGUUCCCAUGGAUGGCUGGUAUAAAAUUUUGAGGAUUGAACAUCAUUUUGAGAGGGUUCCAUGCUUUGGACUAAUGGAACCUUUAUGUCACAAUGGCUGGAAUCUGUUUUUGUGCAGAAGCUUUGCCGAUUCCUACCUUAUUGAAGGCAAGUCAGGUUGGUUGGCUACUGCGAGUAGCAUUUGUUACUAGAGGAGUUAGGAUAUUGAACAUCAAUAUACAUGUUCUUAGACAAUCACCACUAGAUGAUCUUCAGUGUUAUAUAUCUUGAGAUCAACCAGGAGCCUUGUAUAGGAUGUUUUUUUUUGUUAAGGUUCUUGUUUGAUUUGUAGGCUUCCUACUUGUGGAAUAGGGCCUUUGUGUACAGUCUAUCAUGAAAUGAAAAAGGGUAAUAUUUGCCCCGCUAUUCAUGAGAA